AUGAGCGAUUCACCUCUUUCGGAUACAUUGGAUGAUCUAUUAAACGAUGAAGAUGAUGAUUCCUGUUCAGAUGACAAUAGUCAAUCGAAUGAAUAUUCGUUAUUGAAAACAAAUAGUUCAUCGACUAAUGAAUUAAAAAUAAAAAUAAAAAAACGUAAAAGUGAACAAUCAGCAGAUAGUAAACAACAUAAAAGAAAAAAAAAGUCAAAAACACAGCCAACAUACAUGCGUCGAAAUAUUCGUACUUUAUUAACAAACGAUAAACUACAAGAUGAUACAUUGACAGCACUUAGAGCUGAACAAGAACGUCUUAGACGACUGGAAGAAAUAAAUAAUUCAUUUCAACCUAUUUAUACUCAUCUACCAACAUAUUAUAAUCAAACAUCGGCUCCAAUAAAAUCGAACGAACAAGACUGUAUCGUUUUGGAUGAUGUGGAUGACGAAGAAGAUGAAACUACGAAUUCAUUGUCAAAAACAAAGAUUGAUCCAGAUGAAAAUAUUUCAAAUAAAGAAACAAUAAACCCGAACGAAGAUAGUAAUGAUUCUGAUGUACAAUAUGUGGAUAGUGAUACUGAAAUUGUUAAUGAUAAGUUAACACAAAAAUUACAAAGAUUGCAUCUUGAUGAUAGGAUUAAUGUUCCGGAUGCGAAUGGCGACAUUGUAGUUAAUAUUAAUCAUCCUACCAAUGAUCCUGAUUUAUUCGUACCGAAGCAUCUUUGUCCCGUACUUAAACCGCAUCAAAUUGGUGGUAUACGUUUUAUGUAUGACAAUAUUGUUGAAUCUCUUCAACAUUUUCAAAGAACAAGAGGACUUGGUUGCAUCCUUGCUCAUUCCAUGGGAUGUGGAAAAACUUUACAAGUAAUUGCCUUUAUUAAUACAUUAUUGCAACAUACAAUCGCUAAAUCAGUUCUUAUUGUGGUACCAAUAAAUACGAUACAAAAUUGGUUGAAUGAAUUUAAUCGUUGGUGCCCAUUAAAUCAUUCUGAUAUUGAAUAUAAACGAUCAUUUGAAUUGUAUUUAAUAAAUGAAACAUCAAAAAAAUUUACUCAGCGUGCUAAAAUUGUACAAAAUUGGUCUCAAACAGGAGGUGCACUUAUUCUUGGUUAUGAGAUGUUUCGUUUAAUGGUUAUAAAGAAAAAUUCGACAACAAAAACUAGCAAAGCCAAUGCAUCAAGACCAAUAACGCCUGUUGUUGUUGAUCUUGAAGAAGAAGAGAAAAAUUUUGAAGCAAUGGAAGAUGUUCGAAAUGCAUUGCUCAAUCCUGAUCUGAUCAUUUGCGAUGAAGGUCAUCGUAUAAAAAAUCAUCAAGCUGGCGUUGCUAUUGCCUUAAAAUCAAUACGAACACAACGUCGUAUUGUUCUCACUGGUUAUCCACUUCAAAAUAAUCUUAUCGAAUAUUGGUGUAUGGUUGAUUUUGUUCGUCCGAACUAUCUGGGUAGUAAACUUGAAUUUUGUAAUAUGUUCGAGCGUCCAAUAUUGAAUGGACAAUGUAUUGAUUCAACAGCGGAAGAUGGAAAAAUAAUGCGUGCUCGUGCACAUGUUUUACAUAGUUUACUUGAAGGUUUUAUUCAAAGACGAGGCCACGAUGUUCUACAAACAGAUUUACCGCCUAAAACUGAAUAUGUUAUUCUGUUAAAAUUAUCGAAUAUACAACGACAAUUAUAUAUGAAAUUUCUUGAAGCUGUUGGUGCUUUGUCAAGUUCAACGGAAAAAACUUUGAAUCCACUACGAGCGUUUGCUAUUUGCUGCAAAAUUUGGAAUCAUUCUGACGUUUUAUAUAAAUUUGUACGUGAUCGGCAAGACGGUGCUGAUCUUGAUUUAGAUUUUGACAUUGAACAAAAUUUGAAUUCAUCAAAUAAGCCAUUGGCAAAUAAAACAAGAUCAACUAGUCGUUUAGCUUUGAACAAUCGUGCAUCACCACAAACUUUAACGGUGAAUAAUCCUUAUGAACCACAAGGAGUUAUGUUUUCUAUGGAAAAAAAAGAAUUUGAUUAUGACUUUGCUAAUGCAAUUUUGAAUUCAUAUGUAUGCGGACAAUUAUGCAAUGGAGUUAAAUUUCAACUAGCUUUAGCUAUAUUGGAAUUAUGUGUUCAAGCUGGCGAUAAAGUACUCAUAUUUAGUCAAAGUUUAUUAUCGUUGAAUAAACUUGAAGAAUUUCUCAGUCAACGCAUUAUACCAAAUACAGAUAAAAAAUGGGAGAAAAAUACCAAUUAUUAUCGACUUGAUGGCGGUACAAGUGGUCUGGAACGUGAAAAAUUAAUUAAUGCAUUUAAUACACUGAAUUCAAAUGCAAAAUUAUUUUUACUUUCUACCAGAGCCGGGUGUCUGGGCAUAAAUUUAAUUGCGGCUAAUCGUGUUAUUGUAAUGGAUGUUUCAUGGAAUCCGUGUCUCGAUGCUCAAGCUGUUUGUCGUGUUUAUCGUUAUGGACAAAAGAGACAUUGUUAUAUAUAUCGAUUGAUUGCUGAUUUCACUAUGGAAAAACGUAUUUAUGAUCGGCAAAUAGCAAAACAGGGAAUGGCAGAUCGUGUUGUUGAUGAAUUACAACCACAAAAUCCAUUUACAAAAAAUGAAGUGGAAAAUCUUUUACAUUUUGCAGCUGAAGAAGAAUUACCUGCUGCUGAUUUAGUAACGAAAAUUCAUGAAAUUACUGAUGAUCCGAUUCUAAUAUCGGCUUGUAAACAAUAUGCUCAAUCAAUAACUAAAAUUCCGUUCACACACGAAUCUCUUUUAUCCGAUCGAAAAGAAUAUCAAUUAACAUCAGCUGAAAAACGACGUGCUGAAAAAGAGUAUCACGAAGAAAAACGUAUGAAUAGUUUUUCAUAUCGUUCAAGAUUACAACCAUCUCGAUCUUAUUCUCGAUUGUUUAACGGACAUGAACCACGUUCAUUUCUUCAUACGUCACCUUCAACAUCUGUGCUUGAUCCUCAUUUUCCACUAUAUCAACAGAUACGACCAACAGCAUCAAUGACACCAUUACCAUAUCAUAUACAACAACAAUCAACCGAUAGAAAAUUAGAACAAUUAAAACAACAUGGAAUAUCCGUGGAACAAAUUGUACUUCGAAGUCCUUUGGAAGUUCAAUUGAAUCCAUCAGAACGUGAACUUAUUCCAGCUGGUGUAAACAUUCAUCUAAUAAAAGCAUCUCGAGGUUCAUACAUUCGAACACCUGAUGGUAAAUUUUUUGCUAUUCGUCAAACACAAACGCCAUCAACAAAUGGUUCGAAAAUAUUACCAAUGCCUCCGCCUGCUAUUCCGCCUCCACCACCACCAUCACUACGGUCAUUUUCAAAUCCAAUAGAUCAAUAUUUAUUUGAUUCAUCGCACAUGUUAUCUUCAACCUCAUUGCCAAUGAAUGAUACACAUAAUUUAACUGAUGAAAUAGAUCUUUUAGUUGAUGAGACAUCAUCAAAUACUUCUGGUACUCCACUGGCUCCAUUAUUAUCAACAUCCUCAUCUGCUUUCGAAAAUUUAUCAUCUUGGCAUAAUGAUUAUUUUCAACAGAAUAAUUUCUAUUCAGAUUUUUUUCCAAAUGACUCAACUCUGGCUAUGUUAUCAUCUUCGAACAAUAUUGAGACUGAUAACAGUAAGAAUAAUUUCACAUCCAAUCCUUUAGCAUUCAUGUAA